AUGUCUGCCUCCGCCUCAUCAUGUCCAGGUAACAGUAUAACCAUCUGGGAUUCGGUAACGGGGCAAGUUCAGUGCCAGGACUGCUUGGUGUGUCCGGCGGGGCAGGGUCUCUCUGUGGACUGUGAUGAUAUAAUAUCGCCACAGACACCCAUCGUUUGUAAGCCAUGUGAGCUAGGCAGAACUUAUUCAUCUAAGAGCGAAGCCGGGGCGUGCAAGAGUUGUAUGAAUUGUGGAGAAUAUCGAGAGACUAUCAGCCCUUGCACCCUGACCUCUGAGGCAGUGUGCGGGACGAACUGUAAGCUUGGAGCUUACCCAGAAGAUAUGCUUAGCAUGUGUAGACCGUGUUCCGCUUGCUGCAACGACACGGACGACAUCAUUGAGCCAGAGUGUCAAGUGCCGGAGGUGCCUAAAAACAAGCAGUGCAGCGAGCUUAGAUCAGAGAAGUGUAGCAAGGUGAUAGCUAAUGUGAGUGUCAGUAAAAGGGUACUGGACGCGGAGGCCAAUCUCUCCGCCUCAUCUUCGGCAACCUUAACAAAAGUGCAAGCGUCCACUCCAGUCACAGAGCACUUUAAAAAGGAUUCAGCUUCCACGAAAGAUGUUUCUUCAUCACAUGGUAAGAUGAUUGGCGUUGCAAUUGGAGUUCCAUUAAUGAUCUUAGUGCUGGUGGCGCUUAUCCUUAUCGUGAAAAAAAGACGUACAAGGCAAGCAUGUAAAAAGCCUGGCAAUAAUGAUGUGGAAAGGCUUGAUGUACAGGGGAGUAUAAGGCCAGCCAAGGACGAAAAGUCUAAUCAA